UGGUUCCGCUAUGGUCUGAGUGUGUAUGUGUGUGUGUGUGUGUGUGCUGCAACUCAUAGGUCGUCGUACGUGAGGAAACGAGAACAGGUCCCCCCAAGCUGAGGAAGUGAAAUGAUAACAUAAGGGCGCGACAACUGCAACAUUUGGCUGUUUCUUCGUGGACUGGACAGCAAUGCAGCCUCAGCGAGUAUUCGCUUUGCCGAGGCAGCAAUCGCUGCUCUUACCAGCGGUCAUCAACCCAUUCGUGCAAGACACCAAACUGACAAAAGCUGAUAUAAUCAAAUGUGUCCUGUUGGGAAUCUUCCUGGUCCCUCUUCGAGCCAUCCUCAUCUCUCUGGUCUUGAUGGUGACUUGGCCAGUGGCUGUUAUAAUAACCUUCAAGCAUCCUCUGAAAGGGGCUGUGGCACCAAUGACAGGCUGGAGACGAGUCAUGUGUCGAAAGGUCAUGGCUGCCUUGGGAAGGGCUUACUACUUCUGCAUGGGCUUCAGAGUGGUAGUGAAGGGUACGCAGGUCAACAGCAGUGAGGCUCCCAUCCUGGCUGUGGCCCCCCACUCCACCUUUUUUGAUGGGAUUGUGUGCAUCGUAGCCGGCCUGCCCUCCACUGUCUCACGUGUUGAAAACCUGGCUACACCCAUCUUUGGCAGGUUCGUUCGCUGUCUGCAGCCAGUACUGGUGUCCAGAAAUGACCCAGAUUCCAGAAAAAACACAAUCCAGGAGAUUGACAGUAGAGCCAAGUCAGGAGGCCACUGGCCACAGGUUCUGAUAUUUCCAGAGGGAACAUGUACAAAUCGCUCAUGUCUUAUAACUUUUAAACAAGGUGCAUUUAUUCCAGGGGUCCCUGUACAACCUGUGCUCAUAAGGUAUCCCAACAAAAUGGAUACCGUGACUUGGACUUGGCAAGGUUUCAAGUCGAAGACUCUGCUGCUUCUAACCCUGUGUCAGCUCUACACCACUGUUGAAAUAGAGUUCCUGCCACCGCACGUCCCCACAGAGGAGGAGAAGAAAAGCCCCGCUCUGUUUGCCAGCAGAGUGAGAGAAACUAUGGCCCAUGCUUUGGGAGUUCCAGUGACAGACCACACAUAUGAAGACUGUCGACUCAUGAUCUCAGCUGGUGAGCUGACACUUCCCAUGGAGGCUGGCCUGGUAGAGUUCACCAAAAUCAGCCGCAAACUCAAUCUGAAGUGGCAUAAUCUGAAGAAGGAGCUUGAAAGUUUUGCAAACAUGGCCAGCUCCUGUAAGGGAGGACGCAUAACCAUUGAAGAGUUUGCCAGAUUCCUGAAGCUGCCUGUUAACCCAGCCCUGGAGGAGCUGUUUGCACUGUUUGACAGAAACGGAGACGGCACCGUUGACUUUAGGGAGUAUGUAAUUGGUGUGACCAUCUUGUGUCGACCAGCUAACACUGACGAUGUUCUACGGAUGGCUUUCCAGCUGUUUGACACAGAUGAAGAUGAGAAAAUCACCCAUGAUGAGUUUACAGCGCUGCUGCGCUCUGCUCUAGGUGUGUCAGAUCUGAACAUGACCAAACUCUUCAAGGAGAUUGAUGCUGAUAGCUCUGGUUUCAUCACUUUCAGUGAAUUUCAAGCUUUUGCCACAACCCACCCAGAAUAUGCCAAGCUCUUCACCACUUACCUGGAGCUCCAGAGAUACCAAGCGAUCCAAGAGGCAAGCCCGGGGGAUCUGGAAUUGUGCAGUAACAGCAUUUCCAGGGAGAAAAAUGAAGACAGCACCUCUGACAAAAAGGAUGACUAACACUGAGAGCGACUGUGAACCUUGAUUGCCUCAAGAAUCCAAGAAAAAUCCAAGUCUGCCAUCUGCUUCCUUGUUGUAGUUUAUUUAGCAAAUUUAUUUUUAUACCAAGUAGUUUCCUGUGUGGUUCAAGUGUGCUUCCGUUUUCAUUUUUAGUGCCUUAUAGCGUUUUUAAAAGAGAACUUAACGUGUACUUUAGAAGAGAAAGCAAAUGAAAUCAUUGUCAUCGGUCAUAAAUAUGUUGAAAAUAAUUAUGUUUUUAUUUAAUGUCUAAACCUUGUAAACUCCAGAUUUAACCACAGAGACUGUGUUUUAAGAUUAAUUUGUGUGUUUCCUUUAAAUCAAUGUGAUUUUUGGACAGUUUUGACCUUGCACAGAGAUGAACACAACCCAGUGCACCUUACCCUUGUCUUUGUGGUUUAUCUGCAAAUAAGAGGAAAAAUUGCCAAACCAACUCAUUUUUAAAUUUAAGCAAAGAGUGCUGUGCUUCUGUCUUGCAGUGUAAUUAGUGUUCAGUAAGCUUUAGUCAGAUCUUUCCAGUCUGGCAAGCCAGGAACAUAUCCUCUGUAUUAAAACUAUGUUUACAACAAGCAUAGAUGCUGUGCAUUACACUUUUUUCCAGCGCUCAGGGACGCAAACCUUGUAAGACGGCUGCAUAAUUAGACAGAGGUUUGCUUUGCAUGUGUAUCUAUUUGCAUUUCUACUGAAGGCUGUUGUUGCUGAGACAGCAGCGUGUCUGUGGCUUUAAGUUUACUAAAGCAAAUCAAACACUGAAAAUAGGGCAAUUUGUGAGCAAAAAGGCAACAGAGCUUCUUCACAGCAGCAUAUUCCAGCGGGGUAUGCUUUGAGAUUAACAAGAGGCAUUGUUAUUUAUUGAGUAGAGUGUAUUGCAAUUAUGUGGGUUUCCCUUCUUUUUUUUGUCAACACUGCAAAGUUUGCUUUUUAAAAUAAGACAAGAAUACAGUACUCUUU